GCCGCAGUGACCUCAGCGAGGUAGAGUUUCUGUUCAGUUGCGUUACUAUAACACCUGUAGGCGCUCAGUAGGGAGCUAUCGAUUACGUGAGUUUGCGGAACCACUUUUGAGGCACUUUAAUAACCAAAAUUAUUUCAAGCUGUGCUUUGAACUGAACCGAAGAGAGCAGCGGCAGUGCUGGUGUGCCGAACAUGGGGCUUCUUGCGAGUCGGGAUGUGUUUUCGUGGCUGCUGGUGGCCUCUGUUUUCCAGGUGUCGAGUGUGAGUUUGGCGCAGGGCACUUACCUGUGCACUGCAUACCUGAAUAUUUCCUACACAAUCCCUGAAACAAACCUAACCACCUGGUUGCGAGAGGAGAUGGGGCUGUAUGGGCAAGACUCACCCAAAACUUCUGUAGUGGGGAACGUGUAUUUAGCCGAUCCGAUCUAUGGCUGUGAAGAUGACACCUUUUAUCGGCGACCGAACGACUCCAGGAGCUGGAUCGCCUUAAUCCAGCGCGGUAACGGAUGCACUUUCGCCGAUAAAAUUAACGUCGCGGCCAUGAACGGAGCUGCAGCUGCUAUCAUUUUCAACGACUUUGGGGCAGAAUAUCAGGUCAUUCAGAUGUCCCACCCAGGCACGAGCAUCGUUGCAGUCAUGAUUGGCAACUUCCGUGGGAUGGAGCUGGUCCAGCUGCUAGAGAAGGGCGUGCCCGUUUCCAUAGCAAUAGAGGUUGGGAAGCAGCACAGUCCCUGGAUGAGUCACUAUUCGGUGUUUUUCAUCUCCAUCUCCUUCUUCAUCGUUACUGCGGUGACUGUUGGAUACUUCAUCUUUUACUCCGCGCGGAGACUGACCAGCCUCAGACAGCAGAACCACAAACAGAAAAAGCUGAAAGCUGAAGCAAAGAAGGCUAUUGGCCAGCUGCAGGUCCGCACACUGAGACAAGGGGAUCAGGAGACUGGCCCUGAUGCUGAUGCCUGUGCAGUGUGUAUUGAGUUGUAUAAACCAGGAGAUGUACUAUCAGUUCUCACAUGCAAUCAUUUCUUCCAUAAAUCUUGCAUAGAGCCAUGGCUACUGGAGCACAGAACCUGCCCAAUGUGCAAGUGUGACAUUCUUAAAGCCCUUGGAGUUGAGAUGGAUGUUGAGGAGCAGCCACAGAUUUCAGUGCCUGAUUUCAGAUCUUUUUCUACCUCUGAGGACCUGCAGAGUGAGACAGUGUCACACACACACAGUGAGACAGCAUCCUCUGGAUAUGCAUACAUGCACGGAAACGAACACCUCGGUUCUGCUGAAGCCUCACAAAAUGGUGUGCAAGAGGAGCAGUUGGAUGUGUCGCAUCACUAUGACAAUCUUGCCUUCGAGGGUGACGUUCACAGCCAGAGUGAAGUUAGGACCUGAGCAGCACAAACAAACACUGAUAAAAUGCACUCACAGAUGAAUGAGGGGUUUUGAUAUGAGGACUUAUAUCAAAGCACUGCUGAGCCCUUUUCUGAUUAGUUUCUGACUAAGUGCCUAUAAAUUCUCUCUCUCUCUCUCUCUCUGUGACUGUUUGUCUCUGUGGGUGAUCACAAUGAUUUCUGGGUCAAUCAGAGGUCAUGUUUUAAUUAUCUGUGGCUAAUUCGGGGUAUUAUGAUUUCUGAUUCAGGGUUUGAUUCACACUGUGGUUGUGUUCAUGUUUUGAGACUCCCAGCCUUCCAUAAGCAUCAUGAUGAGCAGUUGUGGAGACACACAGAGAGAGACAGAGUGCUCCUCCGCCUGCUGUAAAUCAGUGGACUUAAUGCAUACUAUACUUUUCCCGUUUUGGUGACUUAAUAAAUUAUAUUGUUCCAGUUUUGAUGGAAAUUUAAAAUUUCAGAAAUAUUGUGCCUUACACACACUUAUGUAUGUGUGCAAAUGUAUAUUACUCAUUGCAUAGGCCUAGACAUAAUAGGGGUGGUUCUAAAGGAAUUAGUUCUCUUGAUUGUAAUAUUUAAAUAAGGGAUGAAAAUAUUUCUUUACUCUUUCAAAUGAAUAGUACGGACAUUAACACUGUAAAUAAAAUCUUUUAUGAAAUUG